AAUGUAGAACGAGCUUCAUCCGGAUCACUUGACUGCAGUGUUUCCGUGUCACGGAGUGACGUAGUGAUAUUUCAUGGAAACAGACAUGAGAAUAGAAACUUAACAGUGACAGUGUGACAGUGCUCGGUUAGACUGGAACACACAGUGUGGGAGACAGGCAGAGGCCGAUCAUGCAGCCGUCCUCGUGCGACACCUUUGUGGCUCUGCCCCCCUCCACCGAGGGUCAACGCAUCGUCUUUGGGAAAAACUCUGACAGGCCUUGUGAUGAAGUCCAGGAGGUGGUGUACUUCCCUUCCAAGUACCACGGUGCAGAGGAGAAGGUUGAGUGUACGUACAUGGAGAUUGACCAGGUUGCCCACACUAAUGCGGUUGUGUUGAGCAGACCAGCGUGGCUGUGGGGGGCGGAGAUGGGUGCCAAUGAGCACCAAGUGUGUAUUGGGAAUGAGGCGGUGUGGGGCAGAGAGAGUGCCAACGGCGACGAGGCUCUUCUUGGCAUGGAUCUUGUCAGGCUUGGACUUGAGAGAGCCGACACAGCUGAGAAAGCCGUGGGAGUUAUUACCGAGCUGCUGGAGAAAUAUGGUCAGGGAGGAUCUUGCAUGGAGGAUCAGUGUGACUUCACCUACCACAACAGCUUCCUAAUCUCAGACAGGAAGGAGGCAUGGCUGCUGGAAACGUCAGGGAAGUACUGGGCUGCGGAAAGAGUGGAAGGUGGAUACCGCAACAUAUCAAACCAAUACGGCAUAACAACAAAGAUAGACAAGGAACAUCCAGAAAUGAGGGAAUAUGCACGGAGCAAGGGCUGGUGGGACGGAAAGUCUCAGUUCAACUUCGCUACAGUCUACUCCUUCAUGACUACAGCCAGAAUAGAGGCCUCUGGGAGCCGCUACUGUGAGGGGAAGAAGUUAUUGGAAAAGAGCAACGGCCACAUCACUGCUGAGACAAUGAUGGAUAUCCUGAGGGACAGAGACAGUGGCAUCAACAUGGAGGGCACGUUCAUGUCUACAGGAAGUAUGGUGUCCGUGAUCCCCACAAAUCCCGCUCUGCCAGGGGUUCACUAUUUCACCGCCACUCCAGACCCUGAAAGGUCUGUAUUCAAGCCGUUCGUCUUCGUGGACUACUGUAUUCAGCUGAAGGAGACGACUUCUCCCAGCUACGGACCAAGCGACCCCGUAAAGAAGAAACCCCGCUUCCAGAGCAAGCCUGACCGCAAACAUGAACUAUUUGUCAAGCAUGAAGUGGUGGCCGCCAUCAUUGAAACUCACAAGGACAGAGGAAAGAAGAUCACAGACAGUAUGAGGCAGCUAGAAAAGGAGAAGAUGACACAGAUGGAGAAGAUUCUUUCAAGUGGUAUUGAGCAGCCCGAUUAUUUAGCCAAUUUGUUCUCGAGCUCUGUCCAGGAGGAGAUGGCUGUGUAUAGCAAAAGAUGAGAGGCCUGCAACUCACUUGUCGGAAAUAAAUAACGAUUCUCAAGAGUGACAGUA